AGGUGGGAACGAGUCAUGUGGUAAGAGACGAUCUUUGAGCUCUGCCGUUUCUCAGCCGAAGCUUUCAGCCAUUUUCUCAGCAGCUUCAGCCACCUGGAGGUCACCUGCCGCCACCGUACACCUGGACCCGGUUCUGACCCUACCCGGGUCUAUAUUUAGCCCGAACACAAAGGCUGUGGCUUCCCGUGUGACCGCGGGAUGCCGAACACCUGCAGAGACGACGACCCGAAACCAACUCAGGCUGAGCUGAUGCCCUCUCAAAGGGGGCGAUUGAGUCUGUUCAGGUGUUGCAGCUGUUAGGAAUGUGGACAAACAGGAAGUGUGAGUGAAUGACAGCUCACCUGUUCACACUGAUACUACACAGCAACGUGAACAGGACCAGCAGCUGGUGACUCACGGCUGGUUUGGUACGGGUUGCCAUAGUAACCAUGUACCAAAUUCAAGGACAAGCCGAAGGGCCUGAUGGGAACUGAAACACACGCCAGCUUUGACUGGCUGUUGCUAAAGGAACAUUCCAGCCAAUGUGUGACUCAAACGGCUCCUGUUGUUUUUGUUUUUGUGCGUCCCCUGCAGUGAAGCAUCAUGGGAGGUGGCAGAUGGACGAGUGGACUGUGGGAUGAUCAGUGACACACACUCGCACAGACGCACAAGAUGGAGCAGGGCUUCAGCUUAAACACACUGAAGAAGCUGGCAGCCGAGCCGGACUACACCGACGUGUCUCUGACGGCCGCCGAGCGAGUCCGGGCGCUCGGGAAGAUGGGAUGUAGCGUGGAGAUCAACGAGGAUGUGGCACCACGCCGCUACUUGCGCUCCGGUGUGGAGAUGGAGCGCAUGGCGGCCGUGUACCUUGAGGAGGGCAGCCUGGAGAACGCCUACGUUCUCUAUACCAAGUUCAUCACUCUGUUUGUAGAGAAGCUGCCGGCUCACAGAGACUACCAGCAGUGCAGCGUCCCAGAGAAGCAGCUCAUUAUGAAGAAACUCCAAGAGGUGGCAUUUCCUCGUAAAGAAGAGUUAAAGAAACGUCUCCAGGAGAAAUACAGCAGGGAACACAGCGAGUACCUCAGAACCCAGUGGAGUGGGCUGCUCGACCACAGAGCUCUGGAUCGAGCUGUUGUCGAGCUGCUGAGUCAGUCAGUGAUGGAUGGGUGUGGCCAGCAGCUGCAGCGGAUGGUCAUAUUGGACGAGGACAGGAAGCGGAUGCUCCUAUUGGACGAGGAGAGGCAGCGCGUUGCUGCUCUGCGACGCAUGCAGAUGGAAUCAGAGCAGUUUCGUUACUUUGAAGACCAGCUGAGACGUCAGGAACUGGCGAAUCGGGGCGGGGGAGAGGCGGGACAAAAGGUGGAAACCAAAGCGGCUGCGUUGACAGACAGUUCCUGUUUGUCCCAGCAGCCAAUUAGAGACAGAACCCGACCUACGGGGGCGAAUCCUGACAGAAACCGACUGCCUGGUUCCGUGAGCCAACUGUCCGCCCCUAUGGCCUCAAUACACGCUCAGAGGGUGGAGGGUCUGAGGCGGGUGGUGAUUCCCAGAGACCUGACGUACCGGUUCCUUCUGCUCGCCGAGUCCAGCACAGCCAGAGGGAUUGAGACUUGUGGAGUCCUCUGUGGACAAUUGACCCACAAUGAGUUCGUUCUGACUCACGUUGUGAUCCCUAAACAGUCGGCUGGCCCAGAUUUCUGUGACAUGGAGAACGUGGAGGAACUGUUCAGCUUCCAGGACCAACAGAACCUGCUGACGCUGGGCUGGAUCCAUACUCAUCCCACUCAGACGGCCUUCCUCUCCAGUGUCGACCUGCACACCCACUGUUCGUACCAGCUGAUGCUGCAGGAGGCCAUCGCCAUCGUCUGCGCUCCCAAACACAACAAUACCGGUGUGUUCAGGCUCACCGGUCUGGGCAUGUCGGAGGUUUCUGGCUGCAGACUCAAAGGUUUCCAUCCUCACUCCAAGGACCCUCCACUCUUCACUGUGUGUAAACAUGUGCAGGUGAGGGACUCAAAGAUCAGCCUGCUGGACCUCAGGUGACAGACGGGAGGCGCUGUUCCUAACAGGAUCUGUGAACAUCAGCUGUGUGUGUUGUUUUUGUGGAGGAUGUGUUGAACGUUUUUCAGCUGUUGCUGCAAAUUUAAAUUAGCUGAUCGCUGAUGUAACAAAGUGCCCAGAAACGGUGCGUGGCUUUGACACAGUGCCUUUAAAUGACAAACACGUGAAUGUUUCCUGUCGGCAGGUUAAUCAUUAAUGUGAAGAGUUUUUAUUUUAUUAACCGAACUAAAUGUACAGAUCUGUAUAAGAAACGUUUGACUUAAGAACAACGGACAUGUCAGUACCUUGAUGAGCGUUCUGGCUCCGGCUGGUUUUGCCUCUACCUGGUCUGAUCUGAUUGGUGGAGGUUUACUUGCGUUGUGACAGCAGGACCUGACCUGCAAGAUUCUACUCAGGGCUAACUUUGCUUCAGGCUUACAGUAAACGGUUUACAGAAGAUCUGUUUUAUUACAUUGAUAAAAUGAUGUUGUCAUGGGUUUUUUAGUAGUGACAGUAGUGUACAGAACCUGAACCAGGUCGAUUUUUUUUAUUUUAGAUGCAGGAUCAUGUUAGGUGUUUAAGCAGUAUUUCUUGUAACAAAGUGCCAGAAAUCGUUGAUUUGUCCAUGUUACCUUGAACUCACCACAGCAGUCAUGUCUGGGUCAGAACGAUCCGGUGCCACAUCACAGUAUUUACUUUAUGUCAGGUUUACUAUUGUGUGUAUUUGACUCUUUGCACCUGCUUCACACUUUCCAGACAAAUUGUUUCGUAAGACCUCCAUUUUUAAAACUUUGUUCCUGUCUUUGCUGUUUUUUGGAUGCAGACAUCUCAUCUUCACCUUUUUCAGUUUGAUAUACAGUGAGUUUGUGAAAUUGACAUCUGCCCUUGAGUUUGGUAAUAAACCAUCUGCUGAUGUCUCCCCUUCA